GGGCUUGGAUUUGGAGUCCUCCUGCCACAGCCUCCAAGAGUGCUGGGAUUACAAGCGUGUGUCAUCACUCCUGGAUAUUGAGGGAUUGAAGGCUGCCGGUGCCAAAGAAGCUGACGUGGAGCGUCUGUCCUGACCCCCGGUUCCCGGAGCUGAGGUUGGGCUCCCGAGCAUCUGUACAGGGCUAGUGGGGCCCACAACAUGCUUUAGGUGCCUUUCCACAGCCGGGGAAGCCACAGGCCAAGCCCAGAUCUGAAGCUCCCUGCCCACCAUGGCCUCAGCUGACAAGAAUGGCGGAAGUCUCUCCUCUGUGUCCAGCAGCCGCCUACAGAGCCGGAAGCCACCCAACCUGUCCAUCACCAUCCCACCCCCUGAAGCCCAGGCCCCCAGCAAGCAGGACAGGGUGACCCCCCAGAGGCCCAAGAACCCAGCCUACAUGAAGAGCGUCAGCCUCCAGGAGCCGCAGGGACGAUGGCAAGACGGUGCAGAGAAGCGGCCUGGCUUCCGCCGCCAGGCCUCCCUGUCGCAGAGCAUUCGCAAGGGCACAGCCCAGUGGUUCGGGGUCAGCGGCGACUGGGAGGGCAAGCGGCAGCACUGGCAGCGUCGCAGCCUGCACCACUGCAGCGUGCGCUACGGCCGGCUCAAGGCCACGUGCCAGAGGGACCUGGAGCUGCCCAGCCAGGAGGGGCUGUCCUUCCAGGGCACCGAGUCUCCAAAACCGUCCAAGAUGCCCAAGAUUGUGGAUCCACUGGCCCGGGGUCGGGCCUUCCGCCACGCAGACGAGGUAGACCGGCCCCACGUCCCCCACCCGCCACUGACCCCUGGGGUCCUGUCCCUCACCUCCUUUACCAGCGUCCGCUCUGGCUACCUGCCCCGCCGCAAGAGGAUGUCCGUGGCCCACAUGAGUUUCCAGGCUGCCGCCGCCCUCCUCAAGGGGCGCUCGGUGCUGGACGCUACUGGACAGCGGUGCCGGGUGAUCAAACGCAGCUUUGCCUACCCCAGCUUCCUGGAGGAGGAUGCGGGCGAUGGGGCAGACACCUUUGACUCCUCCUUUUUUAGUAAGGAAGAAAUGAGCUCCAUGCCUGACGACGUGUUUGAGUCUCCCCCACUCUCUGCCAGCUACUUCCGAGCAAUCCCACUUUCAGCCGCUUCCGUCUCCCCCGAUGGAGUGCACAUCCCUCUGAAGGAGUGCGGCCACACCCCCGUCCCGGCGACCCGGCGCGGCAAGCCCAUCGCCUCCACCGUGAAGCACUUCGCCUUCGACAGGAAGAAGCGGCACUACGGCCUGGGCGUGGUGGGCAACUGGUUGAACCGCAGCUACCGCCGCAGCAUCAGCAGCACGGUGCAGCGGCAGCUGGAGAGCUUCGACAGCCACCGGCCCUACUUCACCUACUGGCUGACCUUCGUCCACAUCGUCAUCACACUGCUGGGGAUGUGCACGUACGGCAUCGCACCCGUGGGCUUUGCCCAGCACGUCACCACCCAGCUGGUGCUGAGGAACAAAGGUGUGUACGAGAGCGUCAAGUUCAUUCAGCAGGAGAACUUCUGGGUCGGCCCCAGCUCGAUCGACCUGAUUCACCUGGGGGCCAAAUUCUCCCCCUGCAUCCGGAAGGACCGGCAGAUCGAGCAACUGGUGCAGCGGGAGCGGGACCUGGAGCGUGACUCGGGCUGCUGUGUACAGAAUGACCACUCGGGCUGCAUCCAGACCCAGAGGAAGGACUGCUCGGAGACUUUGGCCACUUUUGUCAAGUGGCAGGAUGAUACUGGGCCCCCUAUGGACAAGUCUGAUCUCAGUCAGAGACGGACGUCAGGGGCUGUGUGCAACCAGGACCCCAGGACCUGUGAGGAGCCAGCCUCCAGUGGUGCCCACAUCUGGCCCGACGACAUCACCAAGUGGCCGAUCUGCACAGAACAGGCCAGGAGCAACCACACUGGCUUCUUGCACAUAGACUGCACGACCAAGGGGCGCCCCUGCUGCAUUGGCACCAAGGGCAGCUGUGAGAUCACCACUCGGGAGUACUGUGAGUUCAUGCACGGCUAUUUCCACGAAGAGGCCACGCUCUGUUCCCAGGUGCACUGCUUGGACAAGGUGUGCGGGCUGCUGCCCUUCCUCAACCCUGAGAUCCCAGACCAGUUCUACAGGCUCUGGCUGUCGCUCUUCCUGCAUGCCGGCUUGGUGCACUGCCUCGUGUCUGUGAUCUUCCAAAUGACCAUCCUGCGCGACCUGGAGAAGCUGGCUGGCUGGCACCGCAUGGCCAUCAUCUUCAUCCUCAGUGGCAUCACGGGCAACCUUGCCAGCGCCAUCUUCCUCCCGUACCGGGCAGAGGUGGGCCCGGCUGGGUCACAGUUUGGCCUCCUCGCCUGCCUCUUCGUGGAGCUCUUCCAGAGCUGGCAGCUGCUGGAGCGGCCCUGGAAGGCCUUUUUCAACCUGUCCGCCAUCGUGCUCUUCCUGUUCGUCUGUGGCCUCUUGCCCUGGAUCGACAACAUUGCCCACAUCUUCGGCUUCCUCAGCGGCCUGCUGCUGGCCUUCGCCUUCCUGCCCUACAUCACCUUCGGCACCAGCGACAAGUACCGCAAGCGCGCGAUCAUCCUGGUGUCACUGCUGGUCUUCGCCGGCCUCUUCGCCUCCCUGGUCCUCUGGCUCUACAUCUACCCCAUCAACUGGCCCUGGAUCGAGCACCUCACCUGCUUUCCCUUCACCAGCCACUUCUGCGAGAAGUACGAGCUGGACCAGGUGCUUCACUGACCCCCAGCCCGGAGGCACAGGUGUCUCGGGGACUGUGCCUGCUGGGGGCUGCAUGUGCCCGAGAGCCUGGGACUGGCCCCAGGCCCAGCCACUCGCCCAGCUCGGUGGGCUGACUCCGCGUGAGGCAGCCAGCAAAGGCGGUUCCCGGGGUGUGGGCCCCCCUUCUCAGGCCUGGGUGUUCCUGGCCCAGCUUGGGGACACCCAGGACACCUGCUUCUCCGAAGCUCUGGUUCCAGGCCCCCUCUUGAAGGGGACCUCUCUUGCGGGGACCCCUCUGGGGACAGUUUCUUUUCUUCCCAGGGCUGGGGCUGCUGCAUCUGCUGGUGCUUCUCCCCACUGUCACUGUGAGCACGCCCUUGCCAGACCAGACACGUGGCUGCUCCCUCUGUUUCCCCAGGACCAGGGUCCCCACCAUGGCCCGCUUCCUGCUUCUUCCUCUCCUGUCUCCCCUGAGCGCACCUGUUUCAUCUGAGGCCUCGUGAGCUCCUGACAGGCAUCUGGGAGAGGCUGCGGCCAUGGUGCAGGCACAGACCAAGCAGGGAGACAACCUGACGGGGACAGGGACCCAGGAGCCUUUGCUUGUUUUGAGCAACAGUGGCUGGAUCCCCCAGGCCCCCUCAGCCCUCCUGUGGUGUCAGUGUUCUGUCUGAUGCCAGGCGGCCCCACCACCUCUGCCUCAUUUUUGCCCCUGUGAAGGGGACAGGGCUGGGGACCUGCUCCUGGGGUGCCCGAGGCUCAGUUGUGCUUGGGUCUGGUUUUGUUUUUUUGUUUUGUUUUGUUUUUUACUAGUUUAUGUUAUGGUUCUAAUUUUUUU